AUGCUGAAACCCUACAAGUGUGAGGAGUGCAGCAGGCAGUUCAUUCAGUCGGGUGAUUUGAAGAAACACAUGCGGACCCACACAGGGGAGAAACCCUACAAGUGUGAGCAGUGCAGCAGGCAGUUCAGCGAGCUGGGUUCUCUGAAGACUCACAUACGUACUCACACUGGGGAGAAACCCUACAGGUGCGAGGAGUGCAGCAGGCAGUUCAGUAUAUUUGGCAAUCUGAAGAGACACAUGCAGACUCACACAGGGGAGAAACCUUACAUGUGUGAGGAGUGUAGCAAACAGUUCAACACAUCAGGCAGUCUUGAGAGACACAUGCGGACCCACCAGGGGGAAACUGUAUAGAUGUGCAGCUAUGACGAGCAUUUUGCUAUAACUUGGUUUCAAGGUUCACGCAUUAUGUGAAAGCUCUUUUGAUAAAAUUGAUGUGAGUGUAGUCUUGCUUAUUUGAAUAACAUGAAAUCAUACACAUGAGAAAGCACCCUGGUCAGAAGUGUAGAGAUCGCUUUAGAAAAAUGAAAGCCUACGAGGAUAUAACAAGUGCUAAAAACAUAACCUUUAGCCUGGGCACCAUCCUCCAUAGUAACAGCUGGCUUAGCUUGCUAACCACCAUGGUUUGUAAGUGGAAAGGUUUGAGUCAACAGUUACUACAGAGGAUGGUACCCAGGGUAACAUUGCUUUAGUUAGAACAUCUAAUGUGUAUAUGUAUCUUUAUUAGUUAUAGAAUACUUGUUGAUUAUAAUGUAAUGGGUAUUUACAUAGUUCAGCUUGUAUAAUUAGUGUUCUGCUUAACCGACACCUGUUAAAGGUUGUUGGAAAGAGAUUCAGUGGAAAUGGUAUAGUUAUUGACACCGUUAGUUAUUUUUCAAUUUUUUUUUGCAUGUUCGUUCCUGAUCAGGUAGUUUGUAGGUGGAAAGUUUUGUUAUCAAGUUUGCUCGUAUAUUAUAGUGGAGUUGUUCUUUCCAUAAAUAUUACUAAAUUUAACAUUAUAUUCGUUGACGUUGAAAGUUAACUAACAGCUUACUAUUUUUGUAGCAGCUUUCUUUGGUUCUUGUUCUGUUAAUGUUGUAUUCUUUAAAUGCAUAUAUUGUUAGUUAAAGAUACCCGCAUAUCUGUGACCACGGGGUAACUUUCCGACAACUGUUAUGGUUUUGUCUGACUUAAAUCAUUUUCUAGUAUUUUUGAUUAAAUAAAAUUAGAUACAGAUGUUUGCUGUUUUGCACGUUAUGUAUGAGACAAAGAAGGAUAGUUUGAAACUUAAUUUAGUCA